UACAACACUGCAAAGAUAUUGCAGGUCCGAAUAAAUUUUCAUGGCGGUCAGCGUUCUCUUAAACAUUAAUUUUCUAUUAAAUUCAAAUUAAUUGUCCAGUUGUUAGUUAUUAAUUAUAAUCUAAUAGAUCAUAAUAGCGAGAUUGGAUUCUAGUCAGGGGUUAAUAUGGACAUAGAGGAAGGAGAGUCUUCUAGUAGUGGUCCAUUGUCAACCCUGAACAGUCUCUUCUCGUUCACGAGCCCCGCAGUAAAGAAAUUGCUUGGCUGGAAACAGGGCGAUGAAGAAGAAAAAUGGGCUGAAAAAGCUGUAGAUAGUUUAGUGAAAAAAUUGAAGAAACGAAAAGGUGCAAUUGAAGAAUUAGAACGUGCCUUAUCAUGUCCAGGAACACCUAGUAAGUGUGUCACAAUUCCCCGAAGUUUAGAUGGAAGACUUCAAGUGUCUCAUCGAAAAGGAUUACCCCAUGUUAUUUACUGUAGAGUGUGGAGAUGGCCUGAUCUGCAAAGUCAUCACGAGUUAAAACCUUUAGAACAUUGUCAGUACCCAUUUUCCGCCAAACACAAGGAAGUUUGCAUUAAUCCUUAUCAUUACAAAAGAGUGGAAAGUCCAGUUUUACCACCGGUUUUGGUUCCAAGGCACAAUGAUUUUGUGCCUGGCCAUUCAUUGCUUCCAUUCCAGCAACUUGUAGAGCCCAAUAUGCCCCAAAAUGUAAGCUACUCCCAGAAUGGUUUCAAUUCAAACCAAAUGAGCCCAAGUUCGCCUUUAUCAAAUGUGCCAUCUCCAGGAAGUGUUUCGUCAAAUCCACAAUCUCCCUAUGCUAAUUUAGCAGAAACUCCACCUCCAGCGUACAGCCCCACAGAUGAAAACAAUGUUAACCCGAACAAUAACCAGAAUCCAGAACAAAGUUUGGCUAGUGAUGUUCAACCUGUAGCUUAUCAAGAACAACCUUUCUGGGCCUCUAUAGCUUACUAUGAAUUGAAUAGUAGAGUUGGUGAGGUUUUCCAUUGUCAUUCCACUUCUGUCAUAGUGGACGGAUUCACGAACCCUAGUAACAAUUCUGAUAGGUUCUGUCUUGGCCAACUUAGCAACGUGAAUCGUAACUCUACAAUCGAGAACACAAGGCGGCAUAUCGGUAAAGGUGUCCACCUCUAUUACGUAAAUGGAGAAGUUUACGCAGAAUGUCUCUCAGAUUCACCCAUAUUCGUGCAGUCUAGAAAUUGCAAUCAUCACCACAACUUCCACCCAUCCACAGUUUGCAAAAUACCAGCUGGUUGCUCUUUGAGAAUAUUCAAUAAUGCGGAAUUUGCUCAGUUGUUAUCACAGUGUGUGAAUCACGGUUUUGAAGCCGUUUAUGAACUGACCAAAAUGUGCACAAUCAGAAUGAGUUUUGUGAAAGGUUGGGGGGCCGAAUACCAUCGACAAGAUGUAACUAGUACCCCGUGCUGGAUAGAGAUUCAUCUGCAUGGGCCUCUGCAAUGGUUGGAUAAGGUUUUGACACAGAUGGGGGCUCCUCACAAUGCGAUUAGUUCAGUAUCAUAAUUCAGUAAGUGAACAAUACUGAUUCUUUCUUUACGAUUUCAAAUUGAAUCAUCCUUAGUGAUUCUCUCUAAGCACCAAAUUUUACUUUUAGACAUGUAAACCCUUUUUUUGUACGUGAUACUUUUAAAAUUUCUCAUUAUUGUUGUAUUGAAUUUACAUUUUGAAAUAUUGCAUCUUUUUUGUUGCUUAAUUUUUAGGAUCGAAAUUAUUCAGACUUUAUUUUGCUUGAGUUUAAGGUACUGUUUCGGUAAAAUUUCAAGUUCAAAAUUGCUCAUUAUGAAAUUUAUCAACUCUAACUUUACUCAAUAAAAAUAUUUACCCUAAUGUGCAAUAUUUUCUAUAUGUAUAUAAACAAGGAUAAAGUGGAAAACAAUUGAACUCUGUAAUAUUCAUGGAUAUUCCUAUAUGGAACUUAAUCCAAAGUAUUUCAUGUAAAAAUUGUUAUUUCAAAGAAUUGAAUAAAUUUGGAUAUUAAACUGGCUGGUCCAACACUAAGACCCCUGAAAUUUUGGUGUAUGGAACAAAUAUUCACCACCUUAUAUUGCUACUUCUUUUGAUUCAAGAUGAGCAAUUCCACACACUUAAUUUUUCUUAUUUAUUUUAAGAUUUAUCAAAGGUGCUUUUAUGAUCUCUUAAGUAAAUUUUUAGACAUUUAAUGAUAUAUCAAGAGGCCAUAUUUUCUCAUUGAAUUUUCAUAUGCCGGCAGCCUAUUGAAUGUAAAUUUGUAAAUAGUCUCUAUUUUCUUGACUAUGGCAAAUGAAAAUUGAAAAGAUUGUAACCAAAAAAAAUAAAGACAUGUUUCAGUGAAAAAUUUUAAUGGAAAUUGUUGUUUAGCAUUACUUAUUCAAUUUUUUUCAUGCUGAAGGCAGUUAUGUCCUACAAGAUGAAGAAAUUGUUUGGUUUUUACAAAGGAUUAUUUAUAGAUCAAUUAAUAAAUAUUCCAAUCAUUUCUAUGACAAGUGUUAAUUAGAUAAACAAAUCUUCUAUACCCUAGUAUGUAGAUAAUGUUACUUGUCUGGUAGAUAAGAAUAUGAAGAUCAAUUUUAUAGAUGAAUUCCUCGUUUAGUAUCUGUUAAUUGAUCAAUCAAAUUAGUCUAUUCACAAAAUUAUAUUUCUAGAGAUUAUGCUCAAAAAUAUUGUUUUUUUGGAUCACCUUAUCUCAAUCUCUGUAAUUUGAAUGGUAAAAUUAGCAGGGUAACAUAGUGUUCAAAAUACCAUAAAUAGUAAGACAAUAACAUGAAAAUAAACUAAUCCAGAAUCAUCAGAGAGUGAAAAAUUUGUUAUGAGUACAAUCUUACAUACUAUCUUUGAUUCACCCUGUAUAUCAUGUAGUUGAAUUUUUUGUCUGAUGGUUCGAAUUUUGAGGUUUUUAUGAAAUUCUUCGAAUAAUUAGAGUUUCAAAAUAUUUUCAAUCCAAUUUUCUUCAGAAUUUCAACCAUUUCACUUCUAUAAAAGCAAGAAUUUUCUUAUUGUCAAAACCAAAUUUUCAGAAAUAUAUUGCCCUGAAAAUACUCCUUGAUUCAUUGAAAGAAAUCAAUUACAGCUCUGAAAACCAUAACCCAGUGUAUACUUUUUUACUAUGUUACACCAAGCAUAAUAUUUACAUCUUGAGUGCAUUAAGUUAAUUGAUAAAAAUUACGGAACCUGUUGUGCAAUGUACGAGUGUAUGUGUGUGAACUUCUUAGACUGGUCUUGAAAAAAACAGUAACAAGAUUGGAUAUUUGCUUGAGUUUCUGCAAUUAUAACUGUACAUCUGAUGUCUACUGCAGUAAUAUGUAUAUUGAGUAUGACCAUUUUAUACCUUACUUGAUAAUUAUCAUCCUCUUCCUGAUUCUUCCUAAGGUACAGGCUGUUCAUCGUCUCAUUUGUAAAUUCUAUUCACACAUUUGAAGCUUUCAGUAUAUGCAUUCUGCAAGUGAGACUGAAUUGAAAUUUUCUUGCUUCUCCCUUUUUUUACAGAUAGUUUCCUCAAUACUGCAGCUAGUUUUUUCCUAUUCAAAUCUGAUUAAUUGUUUUUUACUUUUUUUAACCAGAAUCUGAUUCUUCAGUUUUUCAAAACAUAGAAGCCACCGUAUUGAAGAAAUGAUCUGCUGAUUGAACUGAUAACAAUGUCCAAAUAAUUUGAACAAUAGUUUUGCAAAGAUUCCGUGCCUGCUUGAAAUACAACGAGGCUUUUGCUGCUGUGCCUUCAAAAUUGAUUGAUCUAUGUACUGACGAUAUUUUGAGAUGGAAUUUUUUACGUAAAAACGAUAUUCUGAAUUUCCCCCAACGAUCCCUUGACUCACAGUUCCCAAGAGCUUGGUGGAAAUUCUUCAAUAAUAAAUUAUUGAAUUAGCCUAUAAUGAAGAAAUUUAAAAAAUUAUGGAUUUUAUUAUUAUAGGUUUUGUGAAAUUUUCGACGGUCAUUUUAAACGUUGUAAAGUUUAUUGUGUCAAAUAAAUUGUAAACUGUAUUGUGAAUAUUCGAACUAUUUUUCCUUUAGUGUAACUUCACAAUUUUUUUAUCGAGUGAUAAGUGAAAGUUGCCAUUUCUUGCUUAAUUGUAUUUCUAGUUGCAAUAUAUUCAUUUUGUGUAAAUUUCAAUGUUUCGUACACUGUUAUUAAUGUUUUCUAUUAAUGGAAUAUAUACCUAUCAGUACAGUC